AGAUGGUGUGAUGAGAGAGGGAGAGAGAGUGGAGAGCUCCUGACUGAAACUGAACCCCUCACCCUAAGCAGCCGAGGUUUUCCGUCAGUGGGGGGGGUUAAGGAGGCUGUUUUUUCCUGGAGAGAGAGAGGGUGAUGCUGUUCUCCUUUCACUGGGAAUGUAUUGACUGAGGAUCCAAAUCUCUGCCUUCCAGCUGGACCCUGCUGUCACACAUCUCACUGCUUGGGGUUUAUACAAGGACACAAAACACACCUGACGGCUGAGGUAGGACACACCCUUGGUUUAUUUACAAAACAGCGACCUCUUCUUUUUAAACCUCUAGCUAGACAAUGCUACAUGUUUUAUUUUCAUAGAAUAAAACACCUCUAGGGUUGUGGGAAAGUUUACUAGACUUCUGCUGAAUGCAUUAAAGGUGGAGGAGUUGUUUGAGGACAGUCAUAGAGCUGGUUUAAAAUUUUAGUCUGAUUUUCUUUCAUUUACCAGAUGAAUUACCUUUUAAAAAAUAGAAAAGAGGAAAUCUUUUAAUUAAGAACUUUUCAAACCAUUUUUUAAGCAAAUCAGAUUUUUAAGCAAACCUUUGAAGUACUUUCAGAUUGUGUUACUGUAAUGUUUAUAUGUCGUGGGUUGUGUUUCACGUAAACUAAAUAAAUGGCAGAUUUGAGGGGAUGAGGAUGUUUAGUCUUUCAGCUUUAUGUUGUGGUCUCUUGUGGUCAUUUCUUGUCUGGAGUUUUGUUCAAGCUGUUCUCAUCUCACAAAAACUCAAAGACUACAGACAUCGCAAAGUAGUAAAUACAAACAUAUGAGGGACAUUGUUUGAACCACCUCAAAUUUCCAUAAUUACCUCAAAUAAAGAGCAGAUAGACGUUAAACUUUUAUUAGAGCUUCAUCUACGGAAAACUUCUUCUUUGGCUCAAAGUUUAUCAGCAACAGCUAAUACAAUAAUCAAUGACAGUGAUACAAAUGACACCACAACUUUGAAACAUAUGAAUACCUCAUGUUCUUUGAAUUUUGGAUGCUGAUCAAACUAGAUGUUGUAUCUUGCUUUGUUGAAAUAGGAUGGACACUUCAUUUCAUACUGUGACUGAAAUCCUGUGCCUGCAUCAGUCUGGCUGAAUUACAGAAAGAUUUAUAGGAUCCAUUUUAAGGACUCUUCUGAUUAAAUAUUAAAUAUGAUUAUUAUGAAACUGAAACAUAAGGGUAUUAUCUACAUUGUACUGUAAGUUGUGACAUAAACCUCCCAAAAGUUGCCACAUGCACAUUAAGAAAACAGCCUCUUUCAGCUAAAUGAGCUCAUGUGGAACAAAGACAGCCUGGGUGCAGUAAGGGUCUUUGCUGAGCAGUAUUUGCUGUCGCAGCAGGAUGCUCGACCACCAUCACAUAGUUGUGGGUGGACUGAAUUCAUCAAGAUUACCAUGAGCACGCAACCAGACAAUCUCAGCCCCUCUCUGCUGGGUGAGUGUGUAAUGGAGAAAGAUAUAUAAAUCAAUGCCUGAAUCACCACCGAUGCUGAAAAGGUGAGAGCAGGAGAAACAUUUAUGUUGGCUGCAAGAACUCAUUUCCAGUCGAGGUUUUCUUAGCUUCAUGGAAAAACGGAUCGAAAAAAGAGCAGCACUUACUGAAACCAAUCAUUCUAGGAACUCUGCGUGCCCUUUCACCAUGCGCUGGUUUGGCCAAACAUUCCUAAAUCACAAUCAUCUCAGACUUUACUUUCAUCAAAAUAUUUCCAGUGCUCUUUUUUUCUGCUGCUGUAUUUGAGAUUUUUUUGUUUUUGCUCUGAUAGCCAGCUGCUGUGACAUCACCACUUCUCAGUUUGGUAUGAAAACCAUUCAUCCAUCAAUCCAUCCAUUCAUCCAUCAGACCAUUCAUCCAUCCUCUCCAAACCACUUAACAUUAGGCUUUUUGACUCAUUGCACAGCUUCUCAGUUGAACCAACAGCAAUUAAACUUAUUUGUUCAUUUUCAGUGCUAAAGCUGAGCCUUGAUGAGGAAGCGGUCAGAACAACUAAACUGCAGGUUGUUUGAAAAGUUAACGAAUUAAAAAGUGUUUAAAUGUAGUCAAAGCAUUGGAAAGUGCCCGAUGUGAAAUGUUGUGACAGUGUUUUGUGUUUAUUGUACUUGAAAUAUGAAAAUUGUAGUUAGAGGGAUACAUGUUAUAUCAACAGCAUUAAUCUCUGAGGCUGUUUUCCAUUGUUACCCUGCAAUACCAAUGACCUCACAUCAAUAUAUUACUGUCAGAGACCAGAGAGUUUGGCAAGUACUUUUACUUUUGAAGCUUUAAAGCACCUUGGGGUGAAUAAUUACUGCAGGAUAUUAAUUUGACUGGUCAUAUGAGAGGUUUUAUUGCAACCUUGGUUGUUUAUGCUCCUUUGUUGUCAUCUUAAAUAAAAGAUUGUGAUUGGGUCAGUACAUCUGCCACCAAUGGAAAAACCUUUAAAAUGGUGAUGGUUCCAGACCCACAUGCCAGUGAAAAUGAAUAUGACUUUGCUGAUGUGUCUGCAGAUAAUUUUAGGAUAAAUUUGUUACACAUUCAGACUGAAAGACACGCAGGAGGAGGAUGACAGACAAAUUCACAAUGAACUGUUUUAAACCAGAUUUCACAAAAAAAAAAAAAAGAAAAAGAAAAAAAGGAAAAAGAAAAAAAGACAAAGAAAAAAAAAAAGAAUCCGAUUUGGCAUAUCCCACUGAUUAUACAGUAUACUGAAUAUAAAUGACCAAAACUGAGUUAAAAUAUGGUCAAACAGUCAAGUUUUUGAAUUUUGCGGCACAACUUCAAACCUAUGACCUCUUAAACCAAUGUGUCUCUCAAAGAUGUUAAAAGAUGAGGAGUGAUGGUGUAAAUCUGUCAGUUGUCAUUAUUUCAUACUUAUGUUAGUUGCUCUCAGUAAUUAAGUCAGAUCUAUCCUGAAACAACAUGGAUCUGCGCGUCUGGCCUAUAAUGUUACUAUAAACAAACUAACUAACAAAACUUUUGUCUGUCUCUACAGCUCUCCCUGGUCGCUCAUUCACUGACCAGCCUUCUAAUACAACCAUGAGGGUCUUCCUCCUACUUUGCCUGUUGGCACUAGGCAAUGCUAAACCUUACCAGCCAAUCAACGUCAUGGACUUUAUGAAAAACUAUGACAUCAUGAUGGCAGACUCAAUUGAUGAUGAUGAUGACGACGAUGAUGAUGAUGAAGAUGAUGAUGAUGAUGACGAUGAUUACGAAGAUGAAAACUGCCCAGCUGGUUGUCACUGCUCACCCAGAGUGGUGCAGUGCUCUGACCAAGGUCAGAAUAUGCAUAGUAUGAAUACAUCUGGAUCCACAUGUCACUGUAAACAGAGUGUUGACAGACGAAGAAGCGCUCUUGUUUUAACUCUUACUUGGCCUCUUACUGGACACAGAGACGAGGUAGCAAGCUGACUGCUGAAGAUGAUCACAGAUGUGCUACUGACUGUAGAAAACAGUUCAACAAGUGGCUUAUAGAUCUAAAAAAGUGAAAGUAACAACAGCUUAUUACUUGGUGUUGAACUAUAGAUUUAUUUGGCUCCAAUGACACUGAUGCCAAGCAACAGACUGUUUUAACAAUAGUAUUUUUCAUGCACUCCUGAAACAGCCAGUUAAUAUUAAAGCAUUUAAACAGAGUUGAAGUUGAUCAAGCUUGUCUUGAUGGGACGGAGAAGUCAUAGAAAAUUGAGACCAAUUUCUAGAGAAGUAUUUAAGAUUCACUGUAAGAAAAGGAUUUUUUCUGAAUUGCGUUCUCGGUGUACAGGUGAUGCCAGAAUUAUAAAACUACAGUAUCUAGCAUUGAUUUGCCAAUUUUGCUUCUACCCAGGUCAAAUCUCUGUCCCGGAGAAGAUCCCUGAAGACACUGUGUUGCUUGAUCUUCAGAACAAUGACAUCACUGAGAUUAAGGAAAAUGACUUCAAGGGCCUCCACAAGCUUCAUGUAAGAUAUACGUUCAAACAUGGACCGCCCUGCAUGCAGCAACACUUCAAACAGUAACGUAAAGCAGACAUACGGCACAUCUGCUGUCAGAGAUGUAAAGAUUAACAUCAUUCCACUGAAUAAAAACAAAGCACAACAGCAAAUUAAUUCCAGUAAUAUCAUAAUGAGCGCCAAUCUCUCCUCUUUCAAUUAAAACUACCCGAAGGACAAACAGAUGGUGUCCACACAUCACUACAGUUCAGUUCAGCUACAUUUGCAGGGACUAUAAAGCAACCAAAGGCGGUCUCUGUCAAAUACAGUUUGACAAGAAGUGGCUCGCUGAAAAGGGGCUGCUUUGAUGCUGUUGUCAACAAGACUCGGAGUGCACAGCUAAGUUAUUGAACGAGGAAAAAAGUACAGCAGUUGCAGAUUCUCAGAGAGCUCUUUGUCUCUCAGCAUUCAAACAGUAUUUAGUAAAGCACAUUUAUGCUUCUGGGAUGUAGUUUAAAAUGCAAAAAUGUGCUUGACUUGUGUUUACAACAUACAAAAAAGUGUUAAAAAGGGCAAAACACAGCCUGAGAGAAAACAUCUGGAUUGUUCAAAGUGCACCGCGUGUUUAGUCAGAUGUGUGUGAGAAAAAUCAAAGAGAAAUGAUUGGGGAAAAUGAAUCCCUUGUUUGUUGCCUCACUUUAUCUUAACAUCGCCCAUUUGCUCUACUGCACAUUUAUUAUUUAUUUGUUUCUAGACCAACAAAAAGUCUCUGCUUUGUCAACAACAAUGUUUUAUUGGAGCUUUUAAAGAAAAUGUAGAGGAAGGCAUAGAGGAACAGCUCAGUUAUUGUAGAGUCUGCAGUCUAAGGAGGCGAUGGUCCCUCUAGAUAAAACCCUGAUAGUUCCUCUAGAUAAAACCCCUACAGUCCUUCUGAAUAAAACCCCGAUAGUCCCUCUAGGGCUGGGUGAUAAACUGAAAAUUUACUGAUACUGAAAUUUACGACAAUAACCGAUCAUAAUUUUAAAAAAAAAAAUAAAUGGAUAAAAGUUGGUUUUGGAUGUGUGUAGGUAGGCUAUGGUAUCAUGUUCCUUUAAGGCGCUGUCCUACGUCAGAGACCUGACUCCACCCCAUCCAGACAGUAACAAAGAGGGAAAGACAGGUGAGGAGAUGGAGGACAGUUCAAAAGUUGUAGCAGCUGGAGCGCCGGCUGAAGAAGAUAAAGUUAAUGUGGAAAGGGUUAGCAGCUCGUGGAGUAGUUAUCGUCCAUUUAUCGUUAUCAGGGUGAACUGCUCAAUAUAUCACGAUAUUGAUCUGAAGCCAUAUCGCCUGGCCCUACUCUUGAUAAAACCCUUAAGGCUCUGUUUUCAUGCCCGCCGAAAGGCGCACCCCGCGCACUGGUUAUUUCGACUGGCGGAGUCUGGCGCACAGCCAGUUUAGUUUUUCUGUAGACUGAGGCGCACUGAGGUCUGCCAAGCUGGUGUGGUGGCGUGGUAGGGGGAGGUGUCGACAGAAUCAGCUGGCGCACUGACAUAUUCAUGCCCGCCAGUGGCGUGGAAACUGUGCGCUGAAAGCUCGCUGAAUCAAACCCAGUUAGGGUUAGGGCAGUUGGAGAGCAGCUGGUCUAGCGGUAUUUUGGUAGACCGGCAGCGUAGUGUGCACACGUCACUGAUGCCUCACCGGCAGGUUUCCACAGUGUCAGGCACAUUUCAGUGCAACAAAUGUUAUUUCGACUGGCGAAAUGGAUGUUUCCACAAGUAACUUACACCGCUGGAAGGUGUUAAGUUAGGGAGGGGGGAUACUUAUGCUGGGCUGUGCUGCUCACCAAAAUACCAAAUUGUGCUUGGGCACGCCUUGUCGACGCAGCGGACCUGACUUACCCCGCACCUACGCAACACCGCCAGCGAGGCAUGAAAAUAGAGCCCCUUGGUGUGAGCGAAAGGACCCUGACAGCUGGUCUGUCUUUCAUCUGGCUUUUGCUUUCAUAGCAGGGAACAAACCAAAUGAACAAACCAAAGUUAUACUGUUAUGUACCUCAUAUGCCAUGAAAACAAUGUGCAUGCACUGCUUUGUGCUAAUACAGUGGUCUGUCAUCAACUGCGAGUACAAUGUCUUCAUUCUCCCACCUGUUGUGAGUAAGGAAGCACACAGAAUGUAUCUUCUAACUUUUAUUUGAAUUUAUGUCUUCCAUAACAGGGUCUGUUUCUGAUAAACAACAAGAUCUCUAAAAUUCACCCCAAUGCCUUUAAAAACAUGGACCAUCUCAGACUGCUGUACCUCUCCUACAAUCUACUGACUCAGAUCCCUGAAAACUUGCCUCCUAAUGUUGUUGAGCUACGCUUUCAUGAGAACAAGAUCAACAGAAUCCAGAAGGAUGCAUUUAAAGGCCUGAAGAAACUUCAUGUGUUGGGUGAGACUUGGUUAAAGCUUCCUGUGUCAAAUUACAAUAACCUCUACCCAGAACAAGUUUGGUAUCACAGAGUCUCCUGCCUAUGAAAAAUCAAUGCGCUCCAUGAUGAUUUUGAAAACGUGAGAAAGUCUACCAGAUCUCCUAGAGCAACUACUGCAAAUGUCUUUUCAUAUCACUCCUCCUGGAAUGCACUUCAAACAAGUUCAAUACAAUUACAUCAGAAGUGUUAGUGGGUUUUUAAUAACUGUUCUUGUCCAAACAGAGCUCGGUGCAAACCCUCUUGCCAACAGUGGAAUUGAGCUUGGAGCAUUCAACGGUUUGUCUACUCUGUAUGUUGGUAUGGCAGAGGCAAAACUAACUGCUGUACCAAAAGGUAGGUGGGCUAACUAUCAACUCAUGUUAGGUCGAUUCAAACAAACAAAUGGCACUAAUGUCACUAAGUAAGAUCCUUUAACUGAAGAGUUUGUUUGUAAUCCACUAUUAGAAAAAAAGGCAAUGACCUUGGCAUUUUUUUUAUCGAUCUUUGGGGUGAUUGGAUUUGGUGUGUUUUUUAUCAUCUCCAAGACCUCCCAAGGUCCAUCACACAGCUGAGCCUAGACUACAACAAGAUCCUCAAGGUGGAAGUAGAGGAUUUCAUCAGAUACAAAAACCUGCAAUGGUGAAUAUGAGUGACAUUUAAACCAAAAACACCUUCAGAUUUUUAAGAAAAGCAACAUUUUCUCCCAGAUACCGUUUAAAGAAAUUACUGUUUAUAACAAUAAUUGCUGUAUUUAUUAAAGUUAUUAUAUUUUCUGUCUUAUCUUUUUCUGGCAUUGUUAAUUACUUUAGUACCUCGCAGGCAAACGAAAUUCAAAGCUGUCAUUUUUUGUUUUUUUUGCAGGCUUGGACUUGGUUUUAACCAGAUUAAGUCUGUAGAAAAUGGCAGCUUUGCCAGCACUCCAAGCGUCCGUGAAAUCCAUCUGGACAACAACCGUCUGAGAAAGGUCCCACCUGGCCUCAGCUCCCUCCGCUACCUCCAGGUGAGAUACAGAAUUUGGCAUUUUAGCAAGUUACUGGUGAAUCCAGUUUUGUUGGCAAAUAUAACUUAAGUUGAGACACUGGUUCAUUCUUUGGCUUCACUUUUUAUGAGUCAGACAGUUUUAAGCAUUUUUCUCUUAGUGCUAAACAAGGCUAAAUAUGAUCACAGAGAGAUUACAAUUUUCAGAAGUGGCAGAGAGCAAAAUAAGACAUGGUACUCCUUUUGUAAAUCCUGGUUUUCAAGUUUGUCUUGGAAUAUCCUGAGGAUACGACAUAAUUUCUCUUAAAAGCCCCCUGAUGAAGAAAUUCAGGGGCAUCUUUAUGGCAUAGCUGAAACACCUACGUGGUUUCCUUUUGAUUCAACUUCAGUAGCUGUUUGCACUCUAAAAUCCAUCAAGAUGGCUAAGCUUUGGGCCUAGAAAAGAUCAUCUAACUCUUGCCAACACGACUCUUUACAACUCAUUUGGUUCAUUGUUGUUAAUGGGGCUUGGAACCUUAAGAGAUCCAUCUGUCUACCAAAUGUUCCACAUUACCCUCGCAGGAUACCAAAACGCCUCACUUAAUUUCACUGCAAAUCUUUGAUGCUAAUGUCAAGUUAAUUUUCUUUUACAUCCAUGAUGUGUGAAGUAUUCAAAUGAGUUGUCACUUUAGAAAUGAAGAACAGAAAUGAGAAUGUUUGAUACAUUUUUUAACCAUCUCAUGUCCACACGUUUCUUUCAAAUACAUCGUACUGGACCAUAAAACGACGCCCAUUUUCAGAGCUUCACUCAACCAUUAUUCUUUUAGUCUAAAGUUGCAACUUUGAGUUCUCAGAAAAGCAUUUCACAAAAGUACAGCAGAGACAAAAAUGACUAAAAAUGCAUCCUCUUGUUCUUUUAGGUGAUCUACCUCCAUGGAAACAAAAUCAGCAGUGUGGGAGUCAAUGACUUCUGUCCCAUUGGUUCCAACAUCAAGAAGAACCUAUACACUGGCAUCAGUCUGUUUGCCAACCCAGUGAAAUACUGGGACAUCCAGCCAGCCACCUUUCGCUGUGUGACAGGAAGGAGGGGAGUUCAGCUAGGAAACUUUAGAAAGUAGGAUUUGGAAGUUGAAACCAGGCUUUGCCAACAGCUCUUGAGAACUGCAAACGGUUGUUGAGGUAUAAGGAAGGAACUGGAAACAAUUCAGAGUGAUUGAACAAGAUAAAACCAUGCUCCUUCAAAAUAAGCUGUCUAAGAAAUGGGGAAAAACUCAGAUUUUGAUGUAAAUAAAAACUGUAGAAUGCUGGUACAACUUAAACAGAAAAGUUUUCAGCCAUAUGAAAGAAAAACAAAAACAAAACUCUAGUCUUGAUGUUGAAACAGACACGUUUGUAGGGGUGGAGGAAACAACGAAAACAGACGUAUAUUAUACUGAAAAUCAACACCAGACCCCUGUCUACCUUUGUGAGGUGCAUCCUGUAACUGGAAUCCUAAGUCUUAUUCCUUACUGUUUGCUUUGUGACCUUUUCCAGGAAUAUAGCGCCACCCUGUGGCUAAUUUUUAAACAAUGCCACCAAAGGGCUUCCAUUGAUAAAGUCACAUUGUAAAAAAGUUAGUUUUUUUUAACAUUAUGAAGCAUUGUAAUUUACAUCUAAGAUUCAUUACCUGUAAGAUAAGUAACAGAAGUGACUACAAGAACAUCAUUAAUCUAAAGUAGCAGGUUAAUAAAUUAAUGAUGCUGGCAUUAUUUAGUGCAAUAAAUCACUCUGAAGUUUGUCUUUGAGUAGAUGUUUUAUAUUAUCUCACUGCAUGUCUGUAUUGUAAUUAUUUAGGGGCUGAAAGCUUUGUAUAAGACUGGAUUGCACAUCAGCCUUGAUCUGAACACGAAGAGUCACUUUGAUUUUAUGACAUACUAGGCAACCAAGUCAUUACUGAAAUUGUAAGAAGAGAAUGUAAUUCUCAUUGUGGAACGUUGGAGAGUAUCUUUCUAAAAAAAACAUGUUUCCUCCAGAGAUCUCUCCUCUGAAUGGUGCUAUAUUUAUUUAGUGUGUCUUGAAUAAAACCUGGAACACCUCCCCA